AUGGCACCAAUCAAGUACCAAGUCAAGCUCUCCGAUUUCUGGCGCAGCAAGGCAAUAAUCACUCCCUCCAAUACCUCUUUCCCUACCUACACAGCGGAUUUCUCCUGGUUAUUUAGCAGGAAACCAACUCCUAGCAUUGUGUUACGCCGAGUUCUACAAGAUAAUCAAGAAGUAACUUUAUCUUCUGAACCUAACUCGUCAAAUUUACCACCAGCCACAUCAACAGAAAUACUCGGAGCAGUAGACCUCGACCUACUCUCCCUAUCCAAACCAUUUUACAUCACAUUCCAAGACCCGCUUGGCACACACUAUACAUCCUCACUACCCUGGAAACCAGUGGAAGUAAACAACAAAUGGACGACCAAUGGUUUUGUCCUGACCCUUCCAAGAACAGAUGGAGAGGAAGGGGAGGGAAGAAAGUUUUGUUGGAAGCGAACAUCGGGUAUUACGAAGGAGAAGAAGCAGAAUAUUGUUAUGAGAAAGUUGGACUGGCUGCAUCUUAAGCUCGUUGAUGAAGAAGGGAAGACGGUUACUACUUUUGUCCAUGAUUGCAGUCCUGGGUGGAAUCGCGGGGAUUUUGUUUUUGAGGAGGAGAUGGCUGGUGGAACGGGUUUGGUCGAAUUCGAGAGGGUGGUUAUUUUAAGUGGACUUGGGGUUGUGGAGUAUAUUAGAAAAGUUGCGGGAUUCAGUUGGUAA